AUGCCCACCCCCUUCGGAACCCCCAUGAGAAACCACUUCCCCUUCCCCUCCUCCAGCACAAACAUCAACAACGGCUCAUUCGGCUCAUAUCCGACAUGCAUCCACGAAGCCCUGGCCAAAUACCACCACCAAACGAACGCAGAACCAGAUAUUUUCAUUCGGUACAAACUACCUACACUAAUCGACAGAUCGCGCGACGCAGUAGCAGCGCUAAUCAACGCCCGCAGCGUGGACGAUUUGGUUCUUGUGCCGAAUGUCACGACGGGGGUGAAUACGAUUCUGUGGAAUUUGCGGUUUGCGAAGGGUGAUAAGAUUGUGUAUUUGGGGACGACGUAUGGGGCGUGUGAGAAGAUUAUUGAUUUUGUCACCGAGUCUUCUUCGUCAGAGUCCUCUGGUGAUGUCGAGGCAGUACGCGUUGAUAUCCAAUAUCCAAUCUCCAAAACAGCCAUUUUGCAAAACUUUGAAAAUGCAAUCUCUCAGCCGGGUGUGCGUAUCGCCCUCUUCGACACAAUUUCCAGUCUUCCAGCUUUUCGCCUCCCCUGCGAGGAAAUGGUCGCCCUGUGCAAGCAGUAUAAUGUACUGAGCCUGGUCGACGGCGCUCACGGCAUCGGCUGUAUUCCGCUGGACAUGCAACAACUAGAUGCCGAUUUUUUCGUUAGCAAUCUACACAAAUGGCUCUUCACCCCUCGCUCCUGCGCAGCCCUGCACAUCCCCGCGCGCAACCAGCAUCUCAUACGCUCCUCUCUCCCAACCUCACAUGGCUAUGUACCCAUGGACAAACCCGGAAAACCCAAAAUCUACAACCCUUUACCACCCACCGACAAACCGGCGUUUGCGCAGUUGUUUGAGUUUGUCGGUACAAUGGACUAUGCGCCAUAUCUCUGCGUGCCUGAUGCGUUGCAGUACAGAAAACAAGUAUGCGGCGGCGAAGACGCGAUUAUGCAGUAUUGCAUCAAUCUUGCCCAGCAGGGAGGUGAAAGGGUUGCAGAGAUUCUGGGUACAGAGGUGAUUGGGGAGAAAUGGCAGAGAGAAUGUCCCAUGGCCAUGGUGAGGCUGUCAGUAGAUGUUUCGGGCAAGUCCGAGAAGCAGAGCAAGGCGAUGGGCGCGUGGAUUGAAAAGGAAGGCGCUGACAAUCACGGCUUUUUCGCGCCUGUUAUUCUGCACAAUGGAUACUUGCUGGUCAGGCUGAGUGCGCAGGUUUAUCUAACGCUGCAAGAUUUUGAAAAGGUGGGCAGGGCCUUGGUUACACUCUGUGAGAGGGCUCAAUUGAUAGCAGAUAUAUAG